AUGCCGGAGCUAAUCAACAAUGCCACGUUUUUCGUAUCCUCCGAACAUAAAUAUAUCAUAAUGGCAGACGUUGAGAAAGGGAUCAUCACCCAAGAGGUGGCCAAACCUCAGGACCCUAACCUCGUUGACUUCGACGGCCCUGAUGAUCAGGAGAAUCCGUUCAACUGGCCAAAAUGGAAAAAAGGUCGUCAGCUGAUUUUGAUGGCCUUUAACACAUUUAUUACUCCUCUGGCUUCGUCAAUGUUUACCCCCGGAGUCAGCGAUGUCAUGAAGGAAUUCGGCUCCACAAGUAGCAUUAUAGGCUCGUUUGUCGUUACCGUUUACAUUUUGGGCUACUGCUUUGGACCCUUUUUGAUCGCCCCACUAUCUGAGAUCUACGGCCGUGUGCCGCUAUACCACGCCUGCAACCUGCUUUUCCUCAUCUUCACCAUCGCCUGCGCUGUGGCUCAGUCCAUGCCGCAACUAAUCGUCUUUCGCUUGCUGGCCGGUAUGGCAGGUGUCUGCCCUCUGACGAUUGGAUCUGGCACCGUCGCCGACAUGGUCCCCAAAGAGAAGCGAGCCGGAAUCAUGGCCAUUUGGGCGAUGGGACCCGUUCUUGGACCCGUUGUUGGCCCAGUCGCAGGCGGCUUUUUGGCCGAAGCGGAGGGCUGGCGCUGGGUGUUCUGGGUGAUUGCCAUUGCCACUGGUGUCAUGCUAAUUCUGACUAUUAUCUGGUAUCGCGAAUCCUACGCUCCAAUCGUGCUCGAACACAAAGCCGCUCGUCUGCGCAAGGAAACUGGAAACCCCGACCUCCGCUCGAUCCGUGAUACUGGCAAACUCAGCCCGCGACUAUUCCUAACGGCCCUAGCUCGUCCGUUGAAGCUGCUCUUUACCUCCCCGAUCGUCUUUAUGAUGGCGCUCUACGCCGCUAUUACAUACGGUUAUAUGUACCUCAUGUUUACCACCAUCACCUCUAUCUUUGAGGACAACUACGGCUUCGGUCCCGGUGUCUCCGGUCUCGCAUACCUGGGCUUCGGUGUCGGCUGCAUGAUCGGACUGAUCACCACCGGCAGAGUGGCCAACUAUAUCGCCAAAGACCAUAUCAAGAAAGGCUGCUUCGCACCGGAAUCCCGUCUGCUGCCUAUGAUGGUGGGAUGUUGGUUUAUGCCCAUUGGUUUGUUCUGGUAUGGCUGGUCAGCCCAGGAGCACACCCACUGGAUUGUACCCAUUCUAGGCACUGGGUUCUUCGCCCUUGGCUUGAUGACCGUUUUCUCAUCUGCCAGUACUUAUCUGGUUGACUCUUACCUGCGCUACGCGGCGUCCGUCACGGCAGCGAACACAGCACUGCGGUCGCUGGUCGGAGCUCUGCUGCCAUUGGCUGGGCCAUCGAUGUAUGAUGCGCUGGGACUGGGAUGGGGGAACUCACUACUGGCGUUCAUUGCGCUGGCGAUGUGUGCUGUGCCGUUCGUGUUCUGGAAGUUCGGAAAACAGAUUCGCACCAGCCCUCGAUUCCAGGUGAAUCUGUAG